UUUCCCACAAUGCACCUGCGCUCGUCCUUGCCAAACCUCACUGUGGUCAUUGCGAACCGCCUCGCCUGGCUGACAGGAGUAGUAACGGCAGAGCCCACAGUGGCAUGGAGGAAGCCUGUCACUUAGAGUCACUGCAGCUCUGAUGGAUGUGAGAAAGGUAUUUUAAACGGCACCUUCAACAUUAGGACACAUUUCCAGUCAGGACAUUAGCUCAUGGUUAACAUUUGCACUACGCUGUUACCGAGAAAACAGACGUGAAUUAAACGGCGGGCUAACGGCUAGCUUACCUUACUUAACCUGGUAUUUGGCUAACUUAGAAAUAACUCCUGAAGAAGCUGUUAACGGCUGGAAAUAACGCGCCAGUGGAGGGGAUAUCAAAACGUGACAGCUCUUGGUGCCGGUGUCAGGUUUAUAAGCUUCUAGCCUCCUGUACUCCCCACCAGCAUCACCGCUGCCACCAGCGGUUGAAUUCAUGAGCGUGCUUGGUUCAUAAUCCUCGGGGAUGGGUAGUGGAGUCCAGGAACAACGGGCAUCACUCACACAGGGUGAAGUGCUCCCACUGGCUUCCUCCAGUCAGUCAGAGGGGUUGAAACAGACUCGGUCUGUUAUCAACUCGCUCUUUUCAGGGGCUUUAGCAGGAGCUGUAGCCAAGACAGCUGUCGCCCCAUUGGACCGAACUAAAAUCAUCUUCCAAGUGUCUUCUGCAAGAUUCUCUGCCAAGGAAGCUUACAGGUUGAUCUACCGCACCUACCUGAAGGAGGGCUUCUUCAGUUUAUGGAGGGGAAACUCUGCCACCAUGGUGCGAGUCAUCCCAUAUGCUGCCAUCCAGUUUUGCGCACACGAGCAGUACAAGGCCGUGCUGGGAGGCUACUAUGGCUUUCAGGGAAAUGCCCUACCUCCAGUCCCAAGGUUGCUGGCUGGGUCCAUGGCUGGUACCACUGCUGCCAUGAUGACAUAUCCUCUUGACAUGGUGCGAGCGAGGAUGGCUGUAACGCCAAAGGAAAUGUACAGUAACAUUCUGCAUGUGUUUGUGCGGAUCUCUCGAGAAGAGGGCAUGAAAACACUGUAUCGAGGCUUUACUCCAACCAUACUGGGUGUUGCCCCCUAUGCUGGCCUAAGCUUCUUUACCUAUGAGACACUGAAGAAGUUGCAUGCAGAGCACAGCGGCCGCCAGCAGCCCUACUCAUACGAACGCCUGGCUUUUGGAGCCUGUGCAGGUCUCAUCGGCCAGUCUGCAUCUUACCCUCUGGAUGUAGUACGGCGGCGGAUGCAGACUGCGGGUGUCACAGGUCACACGUACCGCACCAUCCUGGGCACCAUGAGGGAGAUUGUGUCCGAGGAAGGGGUUAUCCGCGGACUCUACAAAGGUCUCAGUAUGAACUGGGUUAAAGGACCUAUUGCAGUGGGGAUUAGCUUCACCACCUUUGACCUCACUCAGAUUCUCUUGAAGAAGCUUCAUCAAAUGGGUUAUACUACUCCAUAAUAAUGACAAAGAGAGUUGAAAAUGGGGGUAGAGGGUUGAGUAGAUGCCUGUAAGCCCACUCUGGUGAGACAGCAGAGGUAGCAAGAGUAAAAAAAGGGUAUUGCUGGAUAAAAGCAAAAAGCACAGUGGCUCAGGAUGCGUGGGUAAUAAUAAUUUAUUCUCUCGCUUUGUUUGCGUUUAAGAGAGUAAGUUGGAUAGUACGCCUUGUUGUCAUGUACAUCUAAGUGCAAUAUCAUCAAUACGUUUGUGUGUACACAUGAAUUGUAAUGGUUCUACCCUCCUGAACCGGGCCUCUAAGUACAUUUGUAAUCCACAGAGUUAAAAGGUACACACACACACACACACACACACACACUGCAGUCUGCCAGCUGCCUUGUGUAUCAUUUUAAAUCUUUUACUUUGCAGUGCAAUGCUGGUUUCCACUCAUUUGCCAUGAGUUUUUAAAAAAUGCAUUCAUUUAAUAAGAGUAAGAUAUGCCCUUGUUGAGAUUUGUUUUAAGGAAAUUUAUUUUAAGAAAAUAUACCAAAGGUUAUGACCUGAGUUAGUGCAAAUUAUAUGCCAUAAAUGGAGUUGUAGUAUGUUUAAGUGUGAGUUCACAGCAGCUUUGUAACUGCUAUCAAAUGGUUUGAUUUAGUUUGAGUUGAAACUAUUAAAAGCUCACAGUCUAGUGUUUUUUCAGCAGCACUCCUGAAGAUUGAAUUCACAGUUUUAUUAGUUGUUUAGUUGUGUUUUAUGGCGGUGCCAACAAAAAAAGAAUUACCAGUGCCCAUAGUGUUUUUAGAGAGUUUUUGUCACAUAUUGAUUGUUUUUCACUUUAAUCCUGUCAUAGGCUUUUUGAAAGAUUCAUAUCUGAAGUAUAAAUACAGAUACUACAGUUAGUCCAGCUAAACUAUUGGGGCCUUUCCACUGCUGGAAUCACUUCCCCUAGGAACUAGGAACCUUUGGGAGGCUGUUUUGGAUGUUUUUUUUCUUUCUAAUAAGCUCUGAAACAUCAAUGGAAAAGAGAGUAUUGUAGAAACACAGACAUGUAACAAUAUGAAGGAAUCUUGUAGUUCUUUGGGAAAAAGUUCCUGGGACUACAACGUCUUAGUUUUGGUGGAAAUAUGCUUAUUGGUUCUCAGCCCUAAGUAACGCACAUCAAGUAGUUAGGUAAUCCCCCAAAUGUGAGAUGUUAUACACUGAUAUUUAGAAAGAACAGCUAAACAUAUACACAGCCCUCUUUGUGACGUUUACAAUGUCUCAUUGUUGCUGACACAGUCUGAGAGGUGUUGCUUUUACAUAUAUCAUUUAUCUGUUUUUAAAAAGUAAAGUAUAUCAAGAGGCAUUUUUAUAUCUUCACCCUCGUAUGUGUCGCUGAUGUUGGACACACAUGAAGUACACACAUUACACUAAUGUGUCUUCCAUUUGCUGCCAGUGUGACAGCUGUGCAGUCUGUCUCUUCGCUGCCAUUCACAGCUGCUUUGUUUUUAAAAACGUGACUCGACACUAGUCUAGACUGUAACAGGUCACUGGAAUGACUUUAAAUCUCCUGGUUAGGGAGGAGGACUCGGUGUAGAGCUUUUAGCAGUAUUUGCUAACUUGACUGGAAAUAUGCAAACAUAUACUGAAGAGAUCAUUUGAGUUCUGUUACAAAGAUAAUUUAGUUCUCAGUAUUGUACUUUACCUCAGCACACAGUCAUGUGUUUUUUCUAAUCGUCACAUAUCAAUGUGUGGCAGCAAAUGGGACUUGGAGCUUGUUUGAAUGAUGCAGAUUAACAUUUUGACAGUACAGGGAGUGCAGAAUUAUUAGGCAAGUUGUAUUUUGAGGAAUAAUUUUAUUAUUGAACAACAACCAUGUUCUCAAUGAACCCAAAAAACUCAUUAAUAUCAAAGCUGAAUGU